AUGGCACAAACUACACAAACGGUUCAGGAACAGGCUACAAAGACCAUCACAAGCACGAAAACAAGCAUCACUCAAGAACAAUCUCAAAAGUUGAUUCAAACAAUGCUCACCAUGUCAUUUGGGUGUGUUGCAUUUCUAAGAGGGUUAUUCCCUGAUGAAUACUUUGUUGAUCAAAGAUUUGUUCCUAAUAAGUUUGAGCAUGGUUACGAUCCUAAAGAUCCCAAAAACAAAAAUGAUUCUAUUAGGGUUAAGACGUUGGUUAGAGGUAAAGAUAAACAAGUUGAUUUAUUUUUGGAUUGGAUUGAUAAAGGUGCAAUUGAUGCUAUAAGAAGGGGUUAUUUGAAAUCUUUAAGUUUUUCUGUGUUUUUAGAUAAAAGCAAACCUCAAGACUUACAUGAAGUUUAUACAUUCUCAUUUGAUUAUCAAAAAGAUCAUGUUAAUUUCAAAAUUAAUGAUGAAGAAACAGAUACCAUAAGUUUAUUGGAUUCAAGAAAAAUGUUACAACAUAUGAUGAAAAGAUUUAUAAUAAUUACUCAAUCACUAGAACCUUUACCAGAGGAAAAGUUUAUGACAAUGAGGAUGUUAUUUAAUGAAUCAACACCUAAGGACUACCAACCACCUUAUUUCAUGGAUGCUGGGUCUGUUCCAAACGCUGUUUUAAGAGUUCCAAAUGGCACAAAUGCUGAUAAGUACGCAGCUGGUUCUGUGAACACAUCACAUCAUGAUAUAAAGCUUAAAGUUUUAAGUCGUCCUAUUGUUUUACCUGAAAACGAUGAACUUGUUGAAAUUGAUCCAUUCGAAUCACAAAGAUUUAAAACACCAAAAUUAAAUACAGUUCCUAAAAGACCAAUGGGCCCUUCAAAUCCUACACCUCCACCCGGUCUUUCAAGUAACGCUAAACCAACUGGUCCAAGAGGUCAUGUUAGUAUUUCAUCAAAGCCAACAAUUACACCUGUUCCUAAAAAGGAGGAACCAAGUCAAACCACUACAAUGUUACGUGAAUUUUUACAAAGUUCACAACCUGGUAUAAAUCCAACACAGGCUAUUAAAAGGGAUACAUGUGAGUGUGGUUGUGCUAUAAAUGAAGUUUCUGAAAGAACUACAAAAUGUGCGGCCUGUGAUAGAGUUCUUCAUUUCAAUUGUUAUUCAUUAGAUCAAAGAAGAUCAUCUGCUACCUGCUUUACAUGUUGUGCAACCUCAUUGGGUAUUCAAUCACAUGAAUCGUUACAACUACUUAUGAUUUUGAGAAGACUUUAUAAGUUAUUUACAAAGAUUGACAUCCCUUCUUCAACUCUUUUGAUUCAUGAAAAAUUAGGGUUCACAAAAGAUCAAAAUAAAAGCAUUACGGUUGAAGCAAUUUCAUUUUUUUUCAAGAAAAAUAUUUUACUUCUUGAGAAUGAACCAAGAAGAUUGAAAAGAGCUGCUGGAGACAACAUUUACCAAAGAGGUUCAAGUUUUGUUGAUGUUGAUAUUGAAGGUAUCGUGGUUAAUGAUAAACAAUUACCAUUGGGGAGAUACACUUGGAGCUUUACUCCGAAAAUUAGUGGUCCAGAUGUUAUUCAUCUGAAAAGCAUUGCAUCGACAGCAAAAAAAUAUUUAUUUGAAGAUACUUUUGAAAAAGGCUUAGAAAUUGAUAUCAAAGAUACCAACCAUGAGGAUGAAGAUGAACAAAUCAUAAAUUCAAGUGAUCAUGAAUCGGAUGAAACCAAAAAAUCAGAAGAAGUUUCUGGUGGUUUCUCAAACUUGAAAAUUAAUAGUUCACAGCCAUCUGAUGUGAUUGAAUCAUCACAGGUUAUGACUAGAAGUAUGAAAAGAGCCAGUAGCUAUGAUGUUGAGAAGAUCGAGGAUGAUAGUCAACCUGUGGUAGGUUAUAAUACAAGGUUUAAAAAGAGAAAAGCUAGUGUUGCUAAGAGAGUCAUCCCAGAUUCAUUAGAUUAUUAA